CAUAUAGUGAAGAAGACUAAAAGUUCUCUUCAGUAUUUACUUUUUGAUAAAUAGUACAGUAAAUUUACUUGUAAAAAGAAUUUUGAAUAUUUUGAAAAUAAAAUAAGGUAAAAAUUGUUUCAAAAUGAGAUAUGCACAGUUAGUGAUUGGUCCAGCUGGUUGUGGAAAGUCUACAUAUUGCCAUACACUAGUUCAGCAUGGUGUGGAAAUAAAAAAAAAUAUUAAAGUUGUGAAUUUGGAUCCAGCAGCAGAACAUUUCCAGUACAAUCCUUUGGUCGAUAUAAGAGAAUUAAUACAAGUUCAAGACACGAUGGAAGACGAAGAUCUCCAAUUCGGUCCCAAUGGGGGCCUAGUAUUUUGCAUUGAGUAUUUACUAGAAAACUCUGAUUGGUUGCGUGACAAAAUAGGCGAUCAAGACGAAGACUACAUACUCUUUGAUUGUCCAGGUCAAAUAGAACUUUAUAUGCAUCUUACAGCAAUGAAGAAAUUGGCGAAGCAACUGCAAAAUUGGGAAUUCAGCAUCUGCUGCGUUUAUAUUAUAGAUGUACAAUUCAUGACUGACCCGUUUAAAUUUAUAUCAGGAGCAAUGUCUGCCCUCAGUGUUAUGGUCAACUUAGAAUUGCCUCAUGUGAAUAUCUUAUCAAAAAUGGAUCUCUUGAGUAAAAGUGCUAAAAAGAGACUUGAGUCAGUCCCUCCGAGCGACUAUGACACUAUUUUUUCUGUACUUUCUGAAGUUGCCGAUGAUAAUAAAGAUAGGAUUAGUGAGCAAAAUUAUUAUUUCGUAACAUUCGAUCAGCCGCUGUACCUUAAAGCUCGAGAAAUUUUAGCUUGCGAAGCAGAAAGCAAUCCUAACAAAUUGGCAAACAUCAUAGCUAGAAUAGGAUCAAUUGGAUUUAUUAUGGAAGGUAGCGGAUUAAAAGAAGCGUUGUGUAAAAUCUAUGCCGAAAAUUCUGUGGAUAAAAUUAUUCAAGGAAUAGCUUAUAGUAGAGCAGUGAGAGGGCAUCUACUAAUUCACGUAUCUUUGUCAAACAUAAUAUUCUCGUCAAUGGAGAUUGACGAUGUGGAUAGAGCACGUGUGGAAGUAGUAUUGAACACUCUAGGCUUUGAAAACUUUUCCGAAAAUUAA